GUGGUAUGGGUGGGGGGGCAUUCGGGAUGGCAAAUGGAAAUGAGAGCAGUGAAGGGCCUGCUGGGCCCAUGGCAGCAGUGGUGGCUACCGCAGGUGGGAUGGUAGCAGAGAGUCCUUCCUCAGCUGUCUCUACCUAUAUCAAACUGGUGCUGCUGGGGCUGAUCAUCUGCAUCAGCUUGGUGGGCAACCUGGUGGUGUCUCUGCUCGUACUGCGGGACCGGGCCCUGCACAAGGCACCUUACUACUUCCUGCUAGACCUGUGCCUGGCAGACACCAUUCGAUCCGCCAUCUGCUUCCCCUUCGUACUGGUCUCUAUCAAGAAUGGCUCGGCCUGGACCUACAGCGUGCUGAGCUGCAAGGUGGUAGCCUUCAUGGCAGUGCUCUUCUGUUUCCAUGCCGCCUUCAUGCUGUUCUGCAUCAGUGUUACACGCUACAUGGCCAUUGCACACCACCGCUUUUACUCAAAGCGCAUGACAUUCUGGACAUGUGUGGCAGUGGUGUGCAUGGUUUGGACACUGUCUGUGGCGAUGGCUUUCCCACCUGUUUUUGAUGUGGGCACCUACAAAUUCAUUCGUGAGGAGGACCAGUGCAUCUUUGAGCACCGCUACUUCAAGGCUAAUGAUACUCUAGGUUUUAUGCUAAUGCUGGCUGUGCUCAUUCUAGCCACACAUGUUGUCUACAUGAAGUUACUCCUCUUUGAGUACAAGCACCGCAAGAUGAAGCCGGUCCAGAUGGUGCCAGCCAUCAGUCAGAACUGGACCUUCCAUGGGCCGGGGGCUACCGGCCAAGCGGCAGCCAAUUGGAUUGCAGGCUUUGGCAGGGGUCCAAUGCCACCCACUCUGCUGGGAAUUCGGCAGAACUUGCACAACCAGAACCGGCGCCUGUUGGGCAUGGAGGAAUUCAAAGCAGAGAAACAGCUUGGCAGGAUGUUCUAUGUGAUCACCCUGCUUUUCCUGGUGCUCUGGUCUCCCUACAUAGUGGCUUGCUAUUGGAGAGUGUUUGUCAAGGCUUGCACAAUACCACACCGGUACCUCUCCACCACCGUGUGGAUGAGUUUCGCCCAAGCUGGGGUCAACCCUAUUGUCUGUUUUUUCCUUAACAAAGACUUGAAGAAAGGGCUCCUUUCCCACCUACCAGCCUGCUGCAGGACUAAACCUCAUCUGCCACGAGAGCCUUAUUGUGUCAUGUAGGCAGAGAUGAUGAUCUAAAACCAAGGGGCAGUCGAAAGACGUGUUGUGGGAGUGUUUGCCUGAGUUAUUGUGGCGUUUGAUUCAAUGCAAGCUGCUUGCAGUGGGUAUAAACUAGUGAGUGUAAUGGUAACACUGGAAUGGUAAGCAUGCAUUCCCAUCUACCAACCCUUUUUCAUUCAAAACAACAGCAUACAUAGAGUCAGACCUUGACUUUUGAUAUCAAGAGAAAAAUACUUUAAUAGCAAAACUUAGAAGUAUUAAUGCAGUCAUUGUGGAAGUCACCGACAAAUUACAAAAGCAUCUUCGUAAAGCGGCCAAUUAGAAAAGUCCUGGAUUGGUUUGGCAACAAAAAAAGAGAGCAAAAGAAGCAACUUUCAUAGUUUAGAUCUAAAACUAACAUGCUGGAUUAGUUAGCAAAACCAGAUAAUGUUCUUUGAAUGGUGACAAUGAGGGAGAGAUAGAACAAAGGUCCCAUUCAGAUUUGGACUGGGACAUUGCUGUAAGCAACGGGGUUGACCCCUAAUUGUACGUUCUUUUUUUUUUGCAUUUUAUUUUUAGUAUUUGACUUGAUUUGAUUAGUUAAAAUAUGUAAUUCCAGGUGUCAGUGAGCUUAUUUAUAUUUUCUCAACACUCUAUCCAAAGACAGUCUUUUUGUUGAGCCAUGUAGAGACACAGAAAUCAGUUCAACAUAGUUCUCACUCUGGCCUGAAAAUGAUUUUGAAAUCAAAUCAAGUCUUUAGAAAGGAAGCAAAUGAAUCAAAGGCAGCCUUAAAGAGUCAGUGAGGGUCAGUGAGAUGGGUUAAACUGAUCCAAUUAAUCGCCUUCACUGCAUAAGGAAAAUAAAACUACUGAUUCUCUGAAGCAAAGUGACAGGAACACCAAGUGCUGCACACCAGCUUUUAUGUCUAUGUUGAUGAAUUUUCUUUUUCUCAUCAAAUUAUCCAUGUUUCUCAGUUAGUUACUCAUUUAUGUUAACUAAAACGAACUAAGGUCCUUUCCAGACGACUGCAGUUCUACCACUGAUACGUGUGUUCUUUUAAUUAUGUGCAUUACUUGAAGACAAAAUAGGUGAGCAGAGGUUUCUCACCAACACCAGCUUGUUCAAGUACCUGAUUGGGAGUCUGAACACAGUGCCCAACUGCAUAAAAUGCCUGUCUUUAGAAAAUUCAGUUUUCCUUACUUUUCCAUUGCACAUUCAAGUGGUGCAAGAAGGAUCUACUAGCUAGGGUUAAAUACUGACGAUGUGCUGGAAAUCACUUCCUAUUGGCUACCAAACAUUUUGAUGUCAAGGACCCCCCCACAAUAUAUGUACACAAGACUACGGACCCCUAUUAUAUAUGACAGGAUUUUGUAUAAAAUAAUCCCCUUUAAAAUUUUAGGUUAUGUAUGAAGAUUAAAAAAAAGUGUUAACAAACUAUGGUCACUAUAAGUUACAGUCAAAACAGACAGCCUUUUUUGCUUGCUUGUUUUUUCCACUACUAAAAAAUGGCAUACAUGUUAAAAUAUUCUAUUCCUCCUUUGCUGGGGACCCCCUACAGCUCUUCAAGGGUUAGGGUUUAGUAACCCUGCUAACACCCGGCCCCCAGAUUGAAACCACUGAUCUAGUGCUCUUUAUAUACCUUAUGCCAAUUUGACUGUCUAAAUCUUUCAAAAUUUAAAGUGGAUGCCAAUAAUGUAAUACACUUAAAAAUCCCCACAGUGGAUAAAUGUCCAAAGCUGUUUUGUUGUUACAUUACAUUACAUUACAAUUAUUAUUACAACAGACACUGCAUAUUAAAUGUAAGUAUCUGAAGAAAGAAUGUGGCGAGAUAACAGACAGGAAAAAUUCUCUCCAGAUACUCUUCUUGGCAUGCUUUCAUUUUGUACUUCCAUCUGUACCCAUGUGGGUACAACAGAAAACACAAUAAGGAAUACGCCUACAGACAAAACCUUAUUUGUUUAGGAAACAUGGCAAACCAUAAAUUCAAUCUGUAAAAUAUUUUAACUGAAGAGAAAUUAUUUUCUAGAUGCAUUAUGUAACUAGGCACUGAGGUCUCAAUCACUUGUUGACAGGGUGUUUCUUUAAAAAAGCAGUCGACAUCAAAUGAAAUGUGACAAAAUACAACCAAAGGUACUAAAUCAAAAUGUUGACUUUUAAUACCAGAUACAAGUCUUCUUUUUUUAAAACAAAAUGAUGAGAUUUUAAGUCUAAAUAGACUUUUGGAGUAGAUGUCCAAAUUAUUAUUUUUAAUGUCAAACUUAUUAAAGGUCCAGUGUGUAGGAUUUAGUUGCACCCUCCCUUUCCAAGUGCAAAAGAGAAACUACAGUGGCCACUAAAUGCGUGAAAAACACUAACACAUAUCUAGAGCCAGUGUUUGGUUUGUCCGUUCUGGGCUACUGUAGAAACAUGUCGGUUCAACAUGGUGGACUCACUCUUUACAAAUGGCUCACUCUAAGGUAACGAAAAGACAACGAUUAUUAGGAUUCGAAGGGGAAAAAAAAUGAAUAUCAUAUUCCAUUUCUGACAAUAUAUCCUCCUAAAUGUAACACAAUGGACAUUUUAAAGCUGCAGUAGGUAACUUAUAAAAAUAAAAUAAAAUAUAAAUUUGUCUUUAUUCAGACCUGGUAGAUUCUUGCAAAUUCCAUUACGAGCACUAGGCGGAGAAUUAUGAGGACACAAAGUCACUGAAGCUGCAUUUUACAGCAGCAAUCAUUCUGUUCUGCGUCUUGAUGGUUGCAAAGCAAACCUGUCACAAAAUGGAGCCUAGAUGGCUGGCACGAAAAUGAAAAGAUUUUUUUAAACCAGCAUGUAAAAUUCCAAGAUAAAUCAAGUGUCAAUAUCAACUUGAUAUUAUAUGAUCAUACAGGAGGAGAAAUUAGAUUGACGUAAAUCAUCAUCAUUACUUCACACAGAGUACUAAACUACUACUAAAGUACUGGGGACGCAGUAGAAGGCACAUCUAUUGCUUUACAUUUGCACAAAUCUAAAUAAAUCGAUUAACUGUGCUUCUCUGUUGUUUUUCUCAGAAAAAGAACUGUAACCUGAAGUGGAGUUUAUGUGGAAGUUAAGAACAGGGCACAGAGAUUGUAAUUUGUCAGUGAAUGUCAGAAAACGAGAUACAGUCCUUAAGAUUGAGGGUAAAUAGUGUGUUUGGGGGUUUGAGGUGCCCCUUUUGUCUCUGCCAUGGCAUACCUUGCAACACCCAACAACAGCAUGCCACAGAGAAUCGCUAAUCUUGUUUUUAUUUUCAGAAUUAUGGCCUUACUCCAUAGAAACCAAUGCAACAAAGAGUAGACAAAUGUGUCUCUUCUGUAUGUGCUUAUUCAAAAGGAAGAAACAGAGCAUUGUGUAUACUAGAGACAUUUUGAAGACUGUUGCUCUUCCCAUCAAAACCUGGAGGAACUGUGGUCAUGGACAAAGGAGAACAUUCAAAGUCGUUGAAGACACUUUUCUGUUGCAGACUGAUGACCUUAGUGAACCCUGCUCUGGAUUUUUUGGGAUUGUUUUUCUCAGUUGUUUUUCUCUUGGAUGUCAACCUGAGGACUGAAGGAAAAACCAUUGGUCUUUCCAUUUUCAUUUCUGGGACAAAGCCAGAGGAAACUGUGGAUUCACACAGUGUUGAUGCUGGAGAGGCCUGACAGUGCUUUUUUAGUUGCCUCAGGCAGAUUAUCUUUUGUAAAUUUACUGUGACCUCUGUACUAUUUAGUGUGUAUUAUACCGACAGCAAACCAACUUUGAAAUGCAACGGAAGAGUUACUGAUCAUUGUAUUUUUACUGUGUGUGUGUGUGUGUGUGUGUGUGUGUGUGUGUGUGUGUAUGUGUGAGUGUGUUUCUAUUGGCUGGUAUGAUUGUGUGUAUGUGCUAGAUGAUGGUUACAUGGAUGACACAGGAAAGUGAGAGGGAAAAUACUGACCAGAUACUAGGGCUGCACCUAACGAUAAUUUUUCUUGAUUAAUCAAUUAGUUGUUUGGUCCAAACAUUUUUGGAAAAAGGUGAAAAUGUUGUUCACUGUUUCCCAAAGCCCAAGGUUACAUCCUCAAAUGUGUUGUUUUGCCACAACCCACUGAGACGACUAAAGGAAAGCAGAAAAUAUCCACAUUUGGGAUUUUCUUGGUGGACAACUAAUCGAUUAAUCAACUCGUUGCAGCUCUACCAGAUACAUAUUGCAUUUAGAAGAUAUCAUUCCUGCAAAUGCUUCCUCACUAUUUCUCACGUUGACCAUUUUUCCUGACACACAAAUCUGAAUGUGUUUUAAAACCAAGAAGUUUACUCAAAGUCCCUUUUGUAAAACAUGUAUUAGGUUAUUAUUAAUUGGACUGAUUUUUUUGUACAUAUUUAGGGAUAAUGAUGGUAAAUAAAAAAGCUUGAUAUAAAGCAUCUGGACAGGCCCAAUGUGCCUACGGACACUGGUCUCUCUGAAUGUUUUAUUGAGGAAUUCACACAUAAAUAAUGAAGUAAGAAUUGUAGAUACAGAAGAUUUCACUUUGACAUCUAAACAGCUCUCAAAUUGUCCUUGUUGUUAAAGGAUAACCCCAAAUUAUUCAUCUUGGGUCUUAUCCAUCAUUGCGGUCAGGUACAGAGCUGAUAUGUGAGCUCACAGUCUGAUGGGUUGAGAAACAUGAGCAGUCAGACAUUCAGACAGACCAAGAGGCCUUGCCUUUUGUUUUUCGUAGAUUGGUGUGAAGCUUCUGUUGCAGUCAUCAACAGAACCACAGGCUAGCUAAACUACAAAUCAAAUAAAGCAUUCAGACAAGCAACAGACACCUAAACAAUCCACCUGAUGCUGCAUCACAAAGUAGCCAAAGCUCUUUUUCAUUGCUGGUUUUAUUCUGAUAGAAUAAAUGACUAAUAUAGCAUGGAGCUCCCUAAAGAUGGUAUUUUCUUGUCUUGUUCUCAAGAUUGAAAAUAUAUAUAUCAUCUAUGUAAGCUAGCCCUCCAUUUGCUAUCAGCCAACAAUGUAAACUUGCUUUUCUACAGAAAUUGAAUCAAAUAAUUCCAUUCAAAUCCUGAAUAGAACUUGGUAGUCUUUACACAUUGCAUCCAAUUUUGCUGUCAUAAAUGCUGGUGUGACUGGGCCCAGCAGUAAAUGAGCCAGAUACCAAUUUGACAAGUGAAAGUCCAAAUCAGUCUUUGGUUGUUCUGCUGUGUUACUGUUGCAUAGUGGACACUCACAUUAACACAAAUCACAAUAACAAGGUAUCACUGUGGGUAGUACAGUAUAUCUUUGGGAGAAACUCAAAAUAUUGCUAUGUUCCUAGAGGUGGCACACCUAUGAAUUCUACAGAAACAGUUUAAUUAAGUAGAACAGUAAAUGUCGAAGGUUAAAAGAAAGUCCCAUCUUAGUGCACCCUGAAGUCAAAAACACUGAAUAUCACAGAGGCAAGUCAGACGCUGCGGUUUCACUUUGUUCUGUAUUAUUUAAAAAAAAUGUGGUUGAGCUAUUACGCAUGUCUCUGGCAAUUUAUGAUUUUUGUUGUUGGUUUUGUAAUAAAAAUAAAUUUCAUUUGAAAUUAUCAGAACAUUA